AUGAGCCUCGACAAGGUCAAGAACAUCGUCCUGGUCCUCUCGGGCAAGGGCGGAGUCGGCAAGUCUUCUGUCACUACCCAGCUCGCUCUAUCUCUCGCUUCUUCUGGUCACUCUGUCGGUAUCCUCGAUGUCGAUCUCACAGGCCCGUCCAUUCCCCGCAUGCUGUCUAUCGAAGCAUCCAAGGUCACCCAGGUCCCUGGUGGAUGGGCUCCAGUGCUCGUGCACGAAGCCGAUGAGUCUAAAGGCCUGGGCAGUCUUCAUGCCAUGAGUCUAGGGUUUCUCCUCCCAAAGAGGGGCGAUGCAGUUGUUUGGAGAGGCCCAAAGAAGACAGCCAUGAUCCGACAAUUCCUCAAGGAUGUGCUAUGGGACGAGACAGACUACCUACUGAUUGACACGCCGCCCGGAACAAGCGACGAACACAUCUCGCUAGCCGAGACACUGCAGAGAGAUGCCAGACCAGGACAGGUCGCGGGCGCAGUCGUCGUGACAACUCCCCAAGCCGUUGCUACAGCAGACGUUCGCAAGGAACUCAACUUUUGCACCAAGACAGGCAUCCGUGUCCUUGGAGUCGUCGAGAACAUGAGCGGCUACGUCUGCCCACACUGCUCAGAAUGCACCGACAUCUUUGGAUCGGGAGGCGGAAAAUCCAUGGCCGAAGAGUUCAACGUUCCAUUCCUAGGAUCAGUACCCAUGGACGCUCAGUUCAUCACACUCGUUGAGGAGGGAAGACGGCCAACAUAUCCCUCAGGGACCACGGUCAACGGAAAAGACCUGUCCACUCCCCAGGGGGAAGGGGAGAGCUUGGUUGAUAAAUACCGGGAUUGCUCACUGUUCCAUGUUUUCGAAGCAAUCACUGACAAGGUGAGGGCCAAUGCCAGCAACGCGCAGACCUGA